AUGACUACCAUCGACAUCAGCGCACUCCCUACGGAGAUGCUGUCUCACAUCUUCAGCUUCCUUGACGCUGAGGCCCCGUCCGACCGACGCCUGCACGACCAGCCCCAUGCGCAUAUGCUUAAAGACCCCGACCUCUCGUCCCAGAACCUCAAGAACCUCUCGCUCGUUAACAAGCAAUGGCGUGCCACCGUGCUUCCUCUUCUCUUCCGGAACGCCGUCUGGUAUUUAGAUCACUCGGACCUGAGCCUGGUCGAUCUAGAGCUGUCCACUGGUCCUCACUCGAUGAUACCCCUGCUGUCCUUCGUGCGAGACAACAACCUGACAUCAUAUGUAAAGACAUUAACUCUCGUAGUUGUCAAGAGCACACGAGUGAGAUCUAACGGCGGUGAUGCCGAAUUAAGCCGCUCAGGAGACAAUGGGUACAGCCCAGACCCGUUCGGCCCAUGGAACCGCGUUGGCCGGGAGAGGGAUAUGGUUUUCAACGAGGACUCGAAUUGGCUUUGGAACCUGAUUUUCGACCUGCUUGACCCCCUCCGUUUUACCAUCAUCGCCUCACCUCGGACGUUGGCAUCACUGCUGGCCAGAAUGCUCUUCCUCGGCGACGCGUGGAGCUUUCACCAGUCACAUCAUGUGCUGUCAUUGUCUCGGAGUCAAAACACUGCUGCAAGCUCCGACAAGGAGAACGACGAGCCUGGUGCUCCGUAUAAGGAGGCAGGGUCGUCCUCUCCAGCCUCUUCCGAAAUCACGGCGCAGCCUUCUACGGCAGCGUCUUCUGCCACUCCCCCGGCCAAACGCGUCCCCUGCGCUCUCUUCGCCAUCCGCCCCUGGACAUCCCUCCUCCUCAAUGAGGGUUCCUCCACCCGCGUCUACAAGACAUACGAGUACUACCACAGACGUCCACCAUCCAUGCUUGGCGCUCUUCUUGGGGCAGAGGAGUUUCCCAACGAUGAGCCUCUGAUUACUCCUACCAUCCGCGAUCUUAGUUAUGUCGGUAUCUUCCCCUUGUCAACACACUUUAAUACCUUGGUGCAAAAUCUUCCGCGUAUCGACCGCCUCUUUGUGCAGCUCGUGCCACGAAAUGACAUCCUAAAAGAUAAAAAGGAGAUGGAACACCUGGACAUGGACGAUUUGUGGGCUGAGCGUAAUACGAGCUAUAGCAAGAUCAUGCCCAAGUUGUUCGAUAGUUCCAGCUCCGCGGGAAAUUGGCGCCAUCUUCAGGUUUUCGAAUCAGGCGAUGCUGCAGAUCGUGAGAGCUGGGACAUGGCGGUUGAGUAUGUGAGACACUUCGGUGCAGAAUGGAGGGUGGAAAGAGAGGGCGUUUUUGUGAAGCGGCAGCCAGGAGAGACUGAAAAUGAUGGAGACAAUGAAGAGAUGGAGGCGGGAUUUAGCAGCGAUGAUGACGCAGACGGUCCUGCAUUUUUCGGUGCUGGAAUUAUCCUCGACUACCUCUACUACCUCUAA